AUGGAUCUCGACGAAUUCUCCGACGACGGCUUCGACGAUCUAACCGACAAUGUGCUGCAGGAGCUCGAGAACAGGGCGCUGCAGUCCACCCAGGCUCAGCCUGCCCGGCAUGCCGUGACGCAGCAGUUCGACUAUGCCUGGGAGCAGGAGGACGACGACCUGGACACGACCGAGGUCAUCAACGAUGGCGGAGUCGCGGUUGGGCGGCCGAUUGUCGACAAGACAUUGCGACAGCAGCAGCACCAUCAUCAACAGCAGCAGCAGCAGCAGAAACAGCCGCAGCGAGGGCGUCCUCCCAUGCCUCCAGUGCCAAACCCGCGAUGGAACCCCGCCAUUGAUGCUGCCUCCAUUGCGGAGCGUCCUCACAUGGCCAACGCCCGGCCGUUGAACCAGCCAUUUAUGAGCUCACAGCGGUUUCCGGAUUCUUCGCAGAGCGUUGCCCGACCUCAGACAGCACAGCAUGCUGCUUUACCGUUGCCUUCUCAAGGGCAAUCCGGAGCCAUGAUGACGGCACUGCAGAAGAGAAUCCGAGCACUGGAGGCGGAGCUCAAUGCUGCUCGCGGCGAAGCCUCCAUCCUGCGCUCCAAUUCGACAAAGGCGCAACAAAGCUACGACGAACAGAUCGCGCGCCUCCGGAAGCUGAAUGCCGAGCAACUGCAGAAACAGGAACGGGCCAUGGAAGCGGCUCUGGCGGCUGAGAGGAACGCCAAUGUUGAGCUUCAGUUCCUGCAGCGUGAUAUGAGGGAGGCUAAUGACCGAGCUCGUAAAAAAGACGGCGCCGCCGCUGGCCUAGCAACGCCAAAGAAGGCCUCCAAAACGUUUGGCUUUGCCGAUGGCUUCGACGACAUGGAUAUCGCUGCAAGCCCAAGCAAGGGCCAGGGCAGAAACAAGUCUGCCGGCUCUGUGGCUGCCAAUAUCGGAGAGAGGACCCCGAGCAAGGGGAAGCGAAAGCGCCCCGUGUCCGAGUCGCCCAUGAAGGCUCUUGAUAUACACACGGGCGAUGUCGAAAUGUUGGACACAAAGCCCAUCUCUCAGCCGGUGUUGCAGCAACCCGUCAUAGUAGCCGCUCCCAUCGCGCCCUUUGAUUUUCUGCAACUAGUCCUCGACCACGGCUUCGCCCAGGGACAACCUCCGACCUUUGACAUCCUCUCACGCAUCUCCUUUCCCUCCGACCCGGCAGUCUCCUUUUCCACCCUCAUUUUCGAGAGACUACCCCUAAUGGGCAACCCCUACCAGCCAAUGCAGCUUCUCGUUGAUUUUGCAGAGCAAAUCAUCAUACUCUGGACCCGAUGCUUUGAAGAGCGGUUCUGGGAACCUAUCAAAUACCUCGUGGCGCUCAUCUCCUUCACCUUUCAGCUAAACACCUCGUCUGUUGCCCCCCUCAUCAUCCCCCGGCUUGUGCCCGUCGCACAAACAACAAUAUUCACCGUUGCGGAAGGCCUCUCGCGGAUCUCUGAUGCGACGGCGACCAACAACGACGACCAGGCCCUCCUAGAACAGCACAUCGACACGACUCAUAUGCUCUCUUUACUCCAUACUGCGUCUUUGGCCUGCGCAACGGUACCCACCGAGGUGGAAGAUGGCGCUAGAUACACUUCUCCUGCAUUUUGGAAACUCAUCUCUCUUGACUUCACUCUGCUUCUUUUGAUGCCGAAGCAGAAGAUUGCCGAUAUUAUUGGAAUGCUCGAUCUGCUGGCGACAUCAUCGCUGCCUGAUUCUAUUGGCCCAAUCUCUGAUGAGAAAGACGCGGAGUCGGUAGCAAGGGCCGUCAUUGAGCGGGUAUCUGCCAAGCUCACGGAGCAUCCUCGUGCCACAACUACGCCCGCACAGAAACGAAGCGUACGACUUGCUGCUCUUCGAACGCUGGUGACUUUUGCGAGACAUGAGUUUGGCGCCAAGCAGCUGGCAUCCCACGAUAACGCCAUCCCACGCCUGGUAGCCUGUUUGAGUACAUCCAUCGACGAGCUGUAUGACCAACCAAUCCCUCCCAGCAUUCUUCCUCCUCUUCCGGAUGUCAUGGCAUCGUCAUCGCUCAAGUUUGUCGAGUCUACGACAUCUGCAGAGCUAUACCGCAUCAUCUCCCAAUGCGUGACCCUCAUCCAUACACUGGCCACGGAUCCGUCUACGGCCAACUUGGCCGACAUUACUCGAAAACUAUCCCUUUCACAUGGAGGAAGUCAGCGCUACCUCAUUGCACUUGGACGGUUGACCUUUGCCGAGGAAGACCUUGUCAUGGAGGCGGGGAUUGAGGGUGAAGUUGUUGAAGCAGCGCACGAGCUUUUGGAAAUGGCUGUGACGCCAGACGAGGGAGAGAUUGUCAGUGAAGCUUUUGGUGCGUAA